GGCAAUGUACCUGAUACUUCUGCUGGCCUUACCUGGCUGUGCAUACACUGCUUGAUGAUUUCUGUGCAAACAGUGAAAGCAUAAAUACAGACCAGCAAUGCCACACUGGCAAUACCACACUCGCAUUCUUUUGGCUCAGCUGAACAGGCAGUCUGACGAAAGUAAGACAUCAACAUGCAGAAAGUCCUGCUUUUGCUAGUAGCAGCAAUUCUGCUGUUAGCUUGCAGCUCUUCCCCCUUGAACGGAAACGAGGUUGCUGUAUAUGCUGAUAAUGACGAUUUGGCUGGCAACGAGGUCUCAUUUGAAACCUCCGGAAACAACCAAAAUGGUGAAGAGGGUGAUGAUGACAGCAGCCAUCUUUCUGAGCAAGAGAAGAAUAGGAAAAUGGUGGAAGCUGGCACAAAACUUGCCCUUGUGAUUGGUUCAUUAAUCAGUAUAGCGGGAGGUCCAGCAGCUGCUGUCUCAAUCGGGAUCACAGUCGUGUCAUACUUCCUCACUGAACUGACCAAAGAAAAAAGAAGUUUAUGGGAUCAGAUUAAGGAGAAAGUUGAUCUCAAAAUUGGCGAAAAACUUGCUGAGUACCAUGUCGAUCGACUCAAAGCCGAGGUUUUUAGAGUUCUUGAGUCUCGUUUUCAGGAAUCAAAUGAUUUUGGACCAGCUGAUUUGAAGACCGUCUUGGACAAGCGACACCUUGUUUUCCCACACAACUGGCCAACCCUUGGCUGGUCGUAUGAGCUGCCUUUGGGGAUAUUGUACUGGAUGCCAUUUAUGAUUGCAGGAUAUCAGCAAAUGAUCAAAGAAAACAAACAACCAAACUGUGCUUUGGCAAAUGAAAUGGCAAGAGCACGGGCAAAUAUCAUAACCUCUAUGAAAGAAAUGAUGCGAAAACGGUACCAGCAGUUGCAUGGCACCAAAUAUUCCUCUGAUCGAGUGAAUUAUCCCUGCAAGAAGAGAAAGGCACACAAAUCAAGGAAGGGCUUGAAGAGGCAAAGACUCGGGUUGAAGAAUCGAGGCUUAGUUUUUCCUAAUGAUAGAAGUGACGAGUGCGUCUCUAUUGACCGAUUGUUGACAUGGGACGAUGGCCUAGACGGCAAAAAAUUCACCAUUAGGAAACGAAACACGGGCUGGGUUGGUGACAGUUGGACAACAAAAAUCAACAAAGUCAGGGAUGAUACUGUCGAGUUUCUCUGGAAAGAGGUGGUGGAAAAAGUCAACAAAUUCUUCGAUUCUGAAAUCUGCCUAGAAACAUUAGGCUGCAGUUGCCCAACCAAAAUCAAGAAGGAUGAGAUUUCCUUCAGCUUUCCAAGGGCCUGCAUGGCUGAUGGCGCAGAUGGGACAUGCAUGCACCCAUGUGAUGACUUUGACUACAGUUACGAAUGGUGCUACAUCAAUCGCAACCCUGACCAGUGGAGCUACUGCACAAAGCCAGACCUGAACGAUUGCAUGCCUGUCACUGUGUCGCCUAUCACAUUUCCAAACGUUUUGCCAAAGCAAAAGUCAAAUGAUAAACAGUAAUCAAUUAAAUAUUUGAAUGAAUGCAUUAUUGGUCACAAAA